UCACCCUUUUUUUCUUUCCCUCGCGCCCCGAGCCUCCAAACACAACCGCCUCCAUCCCUCCUUCCAUCAGCUGUGCGGAAAUAUCGCGAUGGUUCCUGCUGCUCUAGAGCCUCUCAGCGUGUGGAGGAUGCAGCUGCAGCCGCUGCUGCCUGCUUUGGUGCUGCAGUCUCCGCGCGCGCGCGCUCGUGUGUGUGUUCAUGAGUGUGUAUGAGAGAGUGUGUCCGGGCUGCUUCCACACGCACUGCUCUUCUCCUUCCCUUCUGGACCCUGAGGAUGGGGAAGGAAGCGCCGGCUUAGAAGAGCUCCAGUUCAUUUCUGUUGGAGGGACCCUUCGGGGGGGGCUUCAGUUUAUUUCACCCCCUCUCCGUUCAGAAGCACCUGGGGAGGCACCCCGAGCGUUCGGCAUGGCUGCGAAAGAGAGGCUCAAGAGCAAGAUGAGCAAAGACAGCGUCACCCUGCUGCCCUGCUUCUAUUUUGUGGAGCUCCCGAUCCUGGCCUCCUCAGUGGUCAGCCUUUAUUUUCUGGAGCUGACUGACAUCUUUAAGCCUGUGCAUUCAGGCUACAGCUGCAAUGACCGGAGCCUGAGCAUGCCCUACAUCGAGCCAACCAAGGAGGUCAUUCCUUUCCUCAUGCUCUUCAGCCUCGCUUUUGUUGGACCAGCAGCUACGAUUAUGAUCGGGGAGGGCAUCCUGUACUGCUGCGUGGCCAGAAGAAACCUCGCCAUCAAAACUGAGGCCAACAUAAACGCUGCCGGCUGCAACUUUAACUCCUAUAUCCGCCGGGCUGUAAGGUUUGUGGGGGUCCACAUUUUUGGCCUGUGUGUCACGGCCCUCAUCACAGACAUCAUCCAGCUGUCCACAGGCUACCACGCGCCGUACUUCCUGACCGUGUGUAAGCCCAACUACACCUCCCUCAACACCACCUGUGAUGAAAACGCUUUCAUCAUCGAGGACAUCUGCUCAGGGUCUGACCCUGUAGCCAUCAAUGCCGGCAGGAAGUCUUUUCCAUCUCAGCACGCCACCCUGGCUGCCUUCGCUGCGGUGUACAUCUCAAUGUAUUUCAACGCCACACUGACUGACUCCUCAAAGCUGCUUAAACCCCUGCUGGUCUUCUCCUUCAUCAUGUGCGGCGUCAUCUGUGGCCUGACCCGCAUUAUCCAGUUCAAAAACCAUGCCAUCGACGUCUACUGCGGAUUUCUCAUCGGGGGAGGAAUCGCUAUCUACCUGGGUCUAUACGCAGUGGGGAAUUUUAAACCCAGUGAAGACACGUCUCUCCGCCAGCAUCAUCACCAUCACCCCCUCCCUCACCUGCGCCCUCCACAGCCUCACCAGCCUCAGCCUCCACCCAUGCAGCUCCCUGCCCAACCGCAGCCUGUCAUGCCCCCUCCGGCCCUCCGGGAACCCCUGCGGCAACUGCCUAACCUCACCACGGACCAUCCGCGCUUCCUGCAGCCCAAAAGCCUGAGCGUGAGGGAGCGGCCCACGUCAGCCCGCUCCGAGAGCAUCUUGCUGCGCGGGCCGCAGCGGCACAGUGACUCCCUUACCAGCCUGAAGAGGGCCAGCACCGAGGUGGAGUGUAUAACACCCCCCAGCCCGAUCUGCAAGGAGAGCCUGGUGACCUUCAGCAACACACUGCCCCGCGUCCACUCAACACCCUUCCCCACAGCUGUAGAGGAGCCCGUCCCCCGGCGGCACGCCUCCAUCCAUGCCUCCAUGGACUCCACGCGUUCCAAGCAGCUGCUCUCGCAGUGGAAGAGCAAGAACGAGAACCGCAAGCUCUCUCUGCAGGCCAUGGAGGUGGAGGUCGAUCCAAGCCGUUCACCCCAACGCUCCAUGGAGCUCCGCUGCAGCUCUGAGCCAGCCGCCAUGGGCAUGGACAUCGGCCCCCAAGCCAGCCAGUACAUGAAGCUGGCGGCUAGCUCUGUGCCACUGGCCAAUCACAACCAUAACGGAGUUGGAGGGUUAGUGGGCGGAGCCAGAGUGUCCAUCCAGUCGCGGCCGGGCUCCUCUCAGCUGGUGCACAUCCCAGAGGAGACGCAAGAAAAUGCCUGCUCUUCUCCGCAAGAGGACAGCGGAGAGGCUAGCGAUGGCGGAGGAGGGGGACGAAAUGCGGCCCGAUCAAAAUGGAUGAAAGUGGCGGAAAAGAGUACCGUCUGCAGGACUAACAGCCAGCCGCGCAUUAUGCAGGUGAUUGCAAUGUCCAAGCAGCAGGGAAUGCUGCACGGAAGCCCAAAGAGUGAAAGCAGCGCACUUAGCUGCACCGGAUCCAUCCGCUACAAGGCCCUGAUGGACCAGGAGCCCAAUGCAGCCGUUGUGCAUGUGGAAGCACACCCAGAAGACAAACCUAUUGUAAUGGACGGCGGAGGCUCCUGGAGGUGGAAGCCACCCCAAGAGCGAGGCAGCGUGCGCCAGUCCUUCGAGCUUAACGACCUCAACCGGGACUCAGAAAGCUGCGACUCCCUCAAAGACGGCUACGGCUCAAUCGACGGCCAACGCAGCCUGCCGGACAUGAGCAUGCCCCCUCCUCAUCACCAUCCUCACUUCCACCACCACCACCAUCCCCCCCACCCCCACCAGCAGGGCAUCACCACCAUCCGAGUGACGCCUGUGGAGACGAGCAGCGAGGCCGCCUCCGAGACGCUGUCGAUCGCCUCCAGCCGAGACUCCACCCUCCAGCGCCGCAAAAACAACGUCAGCGUCAACGUGGUCCUGCUACCAGACAGAGGCCCCAGCCCGGACAACACCAGGAACCUGCCGCACUUUUUCAAACCCUCUCCCACGCCCCCUCCCACUGUGACCUUCAAAGAGUGA